GGCAACAAUACCAAGAGUCAAAGCCAAGUGGCACGAACUGAUGCAGCGGAUGGUCGACACCUACGGGCAUUGAGCCUAUGGACCAAGAAGAGAAAGAGACUAACGUAGUGGGUUUAGGAAGGGGCAGGGUAGGUGUGGGAAUUGUGGGAAGGGCCCAAGUAUAUUCCACUAGGGCACCAGUUUUGCCAGGGUUAGCACUGGGCAUAUUGGUAGAUCAUCCCAUCAGCUGCCUGUGAAUCCCAGGAACGAUAAGGAGGGGUCCGAGUGAGGCAAUAUGGCUUUGUGUUGUGUUUUACUAUUUCCUAUUCCCCAUUGUUUUCUAAAUAAAUGCCCUUAAUCUUUCCUUAAUCUAUUCAAUGGUUUACUUUUGGCCUAUGAAGGCAGGCAGGCACGCACACACAGACACACAAUCAGGAGUUACAUUAUGACGAUCAAAUCUGAAAGGCACAGAUUGUAUUCCUGACCUCAUUUUGUACACCUCAGUGCCUCAUAAAUAAAAGGAAACAGACCGCCUGCUUCCUGUGAACUUCCCUCUGCCAGCUAAAGAUUACAGAUCAGCCCUUCCUAAUCCCAUUAUUAACGAUGCAGUUUACUGGCGAGUGAAAAAAAAUCCUUUUCAGGUCAGUGUUGUGACACGGCAGGCCGCAGAAGGAAAAAAAAAAAUCCUUCAGAAGUAAAGACGAAAGCCAGGAAAAUAAAAUAAAAUGUACGGGGUGAAUUCACUGAACCCUGACUUCUCGCAAGGAAUUUGCAACUCAGGAAAAUGGCACUUCCUCUUUCAGUGUGAGCUUCUCCCCGAGUCAGGCACUUCUACUUGUUAAAGGAGAGCCAUGCAGCGCCUGCUUCUGAUCGCCGCCUGUGUGACUUCUGUACCGUUAAACUGCUGUCAAGUCACUCAAGAACCCAACCAAGUGGAAGCAAAAGAAGGAAGCAGCAUCACUUUAGGGUGCGUCUUAUUAAAUGAGACUCCCCUGGGACCAGUCAGGUGGUACAAAGGGACCGGCAGUGGACGCCAACACUUCUUCUCCGGAGCCCCGAAAGGAAGUGAGAAGAAUGACCUCCGGGUACGGUGGGCUGUGGAAAACCCAAUGGUCAACUACAGCAUCUCAGUGAGGGACGUCAGAGUCAAUGACACCGGGGAGUAUUACUGUGAGAAGUUCAGGAAGGGAUGGGAGGACAAGCCAUACGCAUCGGGAACAGGCGUCAACCUGGUUGUGAGAGGCAAUCAGAAUUCGAGCAGAGAAGAUGCCAAAGAUAAACUUUCAUUUAUCCCACACAUAUCUGUGGCCGUCUGCAUCUGCGUGAUUCUGGCUGGAGUCCUAAUCCAUUAUUGUUUCUUAAGAGCUCAGGGAAAGAACAUCUCCACUCGCUACAGACGGUAUUGUCUGAGGACACAGUCAGACAUCAACUUGAGUAAUCAGAAUGAAGAGGAUGCCUCUAUAAACACUCCUGUUCCCCAGAAAAGGAAUCGCAAAUUCCAUGAGGGCAAGAGCGACACCAGCAUAAUCUUACAGCCAGCCAAAGACCUCCAUCCCGAGAAGCUGGCCGUAGAGGAAAGCAAAAGGCACCAUCUUCAGCAACAGGGGGCACACCAAGUGAGCUAUGCCUGUCUGGACCACCUGCGACUGGAGCAGAGGAGGCGGGCGCAAUCAGCAGAGCCAACUUCACCAGUCAGCACAAGCACAGAAUAUGCCGUUGUGAACGUCCGGAAGGAGGCGCCUAAGGUGCAGCAAUUUGAACUGGUUUGUUAAGCAUAUUUAGUGGGACGUCCACUGAGAGUGCAGCAAUCUCCUACUUGAAAUGUCACCAAGACAUGCAGGAAGGCACAGGACUGAUGCCGAAUCAGCCUCACAGUUACUACUACUGCACAUUUAAAGCCAGCAGGCACACCACUUGCACUUCAGAACAGAUCAUCCACCUGCAGCUAAGCAUGGUUGGGCCCGGCUAGUAUUUCAAUGGGAGACCAUCUAGGACAAGGCUUGGGUUGCUGAUGGACAGAGGUGUUGGAGAGGACAACAGUGGGGCACCUACUCGGUGGUCUGAAUGUGUAUUCCAAUGCCCCAGUGCACUGACGGGGACACAGUGCUGUAAAUAUGGCGCCAUCCUACAGAUGAGACAUAAAACCAUUUGUGGUCAUAAAAGAUCCUUUGUAAAGAGUAGGGUCUGGCUAAAUUGCCCUUUAUGCCUGGUCAUUCUGGCCCCCUAAUCAUCUCCUGUCUCUAAUUGGCUAACUAUCUCUCUCACCACUUCACCACCUAAUAGCUCAUGUGUGGUGAGCAUACUGGCACAUAAAUAGCUGCCCUCGCAUAAUCCCGAUAAAUUCUGCGUAUUAGAGGUGGUUGAAGUGGCUCCGCACUCACUAUGUAAAGUGCUU